CACCCAUCGACAACUCGCAAAGGAAAAAAAAAAACCACCCGCAGCAACGAGCAUACUUCAGUGCACCGUGUUUGCGGCUUUUUUUCUGCUCUCGAAUCAAAAUCGAAAAAAAAAAGAAUAAUCACAUUUUCUAGUUUCGGCAAUCAGACUCUGGCAAUCCACGGCUACGCCUCAUCUUCCAUCAACCAUCGGUACCCGCCCGCUUCAGCUCGGCCUUCUGCUCCCCUCCCCGACAUCACCCGUGAAACUGUGGAGAAACCACAGGAGAACUGCACGAGAAUACUCCCUACAUACCGAGUUCGACGAGACUAUGGCCCCUGCUGGAAAGAAUUAUAUACCCCCCGGUCGCCCGGCAUCCCCAGGUCCUUUGGCUGCAGAUUUCUUUCAACAGCAACUCGCGAAACAACGCAACAAUAAUUAUCAUUCUACUUCACUCAGAAACAUGGUUGCCACAUCUGUGAAUCGCACGGCGCUGCACCCUGGCGGUGUCCAGCCUGGCAAGAGCCACACCGAGCUGGAGGAGGAGCUCCACGAAACUGCGCACAUUGACUAUGACCGAGUCGCAAUUAUCGCCAACCCUUCCGUUCCUGCCCUCUAUGAGGAUGCUCUCGUCUACGAGACCGGCACUGCCAUCACCUCCAGCGGUGCUCUGAGCGCUUACUCUGGUGCUAAGACCGGUCGUUCCCCCUCCGACAAGCGUAUUGUCAAGGAGGAGUCCUCCCAAGAUCAGGUCUGGUGGGGACCCGUCAACAAGCCCAUGAGCCCCGAUGUCUGGCGCAUCAACCGUGAGCGUGCUGUCGACUACCUCAACACCCGUAACCGCAUCUAUGUCAUCGACGGUUAUGCCGGCUGGGAUGAGCGCUACCGUAUUAGCGUCCGCGUUGUCUGCGCUCGCGCCUACCACGCCCUGUUCAUGCGCAACAUGCUGAUCCGCCCAACUCGCGAGGAGCUUGAGCACUUCCACCCCGACUAUGUCAUCUACAAUGCCGGUUCUUUCCCUGCCAACCGCUUCACUGAGGGUAUGACCUCUGCCACCUCCGUGGCUAUCAACUUUGCCGAGAAGGAGAUGAUCAUCCUCGGUACCGAGUACGCUGGUGAGAUGAAGAAGGGUGUCUUCACCGUCCUCUUCUACGAGAUGCCCGUCAAGCACAACGUCCUGACCCUUCACUCCUCUGCCAACGAGGGUGAGAACGGCGAUGUCACCGUCUUCUUCGGUCUGUCCGGUACCGGCAAGACCACCCUGUCUGCCGACCCCAAGCGUAAGCUGAUUGGUGACGACGAGCACUGCUGGACCGACACUGGUGUCUUCAACAUCGAGGGUGGUUGCUACGCCAAGUGCAUUGGUCUCUCUGCCGAGAAGGAGCCCGAUAUUUUCAACGCCAUCCGCUUCGGCUCCGUCCUCGAGAACGUCGUCUUCGACCCCAUCACCCGCGUUGUCGACUACGAUGACUCCUCCCUCACCGAGAACACCCGCUGCGCCUACCCCAUCGAGUACAUCGAGAAUGCCAAGAUCCCCUGCAAGAGCGACAACCACCCCACCAACAUCAUCCUGCUCACUUGCGACGCCCGCGGUGUCCUUCCCCCCAUCUCCAAGCUCACCCCCGAGCAGACCAUGUUCCACUUCAUCUCCGGUUACACCUCCAAGAUGGCCGGUACCGAGGACGGUAUCACGGAGCCCCAGGCCACCUUCUCCUCUUGCUUCGCCCAGCCCUUCCUGGCCCUGCACCCCAUGCGCUACGCCUCCAUGCUCGCCGAGAAGAUCAAGGAGCACAAGGCCAACGCCUGGCUCCUCAACACCGGCUGGGUCGGUGCCGGUGCCACCACUGGCGGCAAGCGUUGCCCUCUCAAGUACACCCGUGCCAUUCUGGACGCCAUCCACUCCGGCGAGCUCGCCAAGGCCGAGUACGAGACCUACGCCGUCUUCAACCUGCCCGUCCCCAAGACCUGCCCCGGUGUCCCCGACGAGCUCCUCAACCCCCAGAAGAGCUGGACCGCCACCACCUCCUUCUCCGAGGAGGUCAACAAGCUCGGCAAGCUCUUCAACGAGAACUUCAAGAAGUACUCCGACGAGGCUACCCCCGAGGUCCUGGCCGCUGCUCCCCAGACUGAGUAAAUGUUGGGACUCCCCCGGGUCCUUCGGGUCGUGGAUGUUUACACAAAAUUGAUGGCAUAUUGUUUCUUGUUUACUUGUUUCGGACAUUCAAGUCAUUUGCAUGGCGUGUUGCGUUUGCUUUGGUCGUGAUGAUGUGGUUACCAUCAUGGAUCUCCGCCCUCGCGCUUGGGUCGGGACGAGCGUGAGGAUUUAUUCCCCCACUUGUUUCUCCCGAUAUUUGGUUUUCUUCUUGCUGCUUUAUGAUUUCCUUUUACUUUUCCUAUGUUCGUUUUUCUCACGUAUCUUGAUGAAAGUGUUUUGACGACUGGCUCCACUGGAGUUUUUCGAUGGAUUAUAUUAAGAAUAGCCAAUGAAAUAAGGUAUCUUAUAUAUAUA